AUGGGCCUGCGUGUGUGCGCUGUUGCGGUCGUGGUGCUCGCGUUGGCGGGUAGCCUGGUGGUGGCCAAGCCGCAAGUCACUCGCAACGGCGACGACCUCUUGUUCACCGCCGAUACUCUGACGCUGGAUGCCGAUCAUGACGUCAAGUUGUCGGCCUCGGCCGGCAAGAUUCAACUCACCGAUGCCAACACGUUUUUUGAUGUGGAUGUCGUCGCAACCCAAUUGGCCGAGCUCGAGAGCAACCAGAUCAUUCUCCGCAACAUCGUCGCCGCCCUGCAGCUUGCUGCCGACAAGCUGCCUGCUGCGCAGCAAAUGGCUGAAGACGUUAUUGAUUCUUUCAACAUGCAUACCGCCAACACCACAGCGUCCCUGCAAGACGCAAGCGCUAUGAUUAACCAGACCAGCGGUUAUCUGCAGGGCAACUUGACGCAGGUGCAAUCGGAGAUCAGCGGUGCCGUCAACACGACCACGGCUGAUUUGACUGAUAUCGCUGAUGCGCUGGCCAAUGCCACCGCCAAGCUGAACGACGAUGCCACUUACGCCUUUACCGACAACAUCACCAGCGCUUUUGCGGGCGCAUCCGCCGUCAAUGACAACACGAUGAACACCAUCAACACGGCCAAUCAGUCAUUGACUCAGGUCAUGAGUGCUUCUUACAACUGGUUUGAAGAGGAGCUGUCACGCAUUUCACCGGCCUCGACCGCCUGCAAGGCAGACGUGGAUACUGCCACCGCUGCUGCGGUCAACAGCUCCACAGCCAUCAUCCAGGCCCUUCAAAGCACCCUGGCCAUAGCACCCAUUGCGUCCAACGUUGUAGGUGCGAACCGGGCCAUGUUUGCCAACAUGGAUGCCGAUCUUCGUGAGUUGGUUGUCAACUCCGUGCCGCCGCUCAACAUGCUCCUCACCCAGUUUCGAACGGUGGUGCGCCAAUACUUGUCCCCCGCCACCAUCUCACAAUUCUACCCAACAACCGUCGAAUCGACCACUCUCUACGGCGCCGCCGUCUCCUGCUCAAGCGAGUGGAUGGCCGUGGGCGCCUACGGCGAGGGCAGCUCUGGUGCCGUGUAUGUCUAUGCUGCUGGCUUUGUCGGUAUUGACAAUUCUUCCGUGCAGCAUUUGGUCUAUCCUGCUACGGACACCAAUUCCUACUAUGGGUUUGACGUCGCGAUUGAAGACGACCUCCUGGUCAUUGGCGCUCCUUAUUCCGAUUUGGGCCGGACUUCCAGCGGAGCCAGCCUGUCAAGUUCGGGUGCUGUCUUUGUUUAUACUUUGCAAGGGGGUCAAUGGAAUUUGAGCCAAACGCUGACCUACAGCGACCCAUCAACCAGUGACUUUCUUGGCUACAGCGUGGCCAUUGGCGAUGAUUACAUUGUCGCUUCAGCGCCGCUCGCCGAGAACACAUCGUCGUCGGCUGGUGGCGUGAUCAUCUUCCAGCGCGGCAGCAGUGGCGCCUUUACAGAGACCCACGCUUUUUUCCCCGGCGAUGUCAGUGAUUUUCUCGGUUAUGGGCCGGAUGCCGUAGCCGCGCACGGCGAUUGGAUUGCCGCUGGCGCACGGAAUGCCGAGGAUAGCAGCAAUGGUGGGGGUUCAGCACACGGUGAAGUCUUCAUGUUCUAUCGCAAGACGGGCAAAUGGACCUUUUUUGGUCGCAUCGCCCCGACUCGCACAUCCUACGACUAUUUCGGUCAUGCCCUGGCUCUUUCUCGACGUGCCGAUGGCACAAUCGUGAUGGCCGCCGGUGCCUAUGGCGAUGAUACGUCCUCUUCAGGGUCAUAUGUUUCAUCAAGCGGUGCUGUUUACUUUUUCGAGAUUGCUCCGGGCUCAACGACCAUUCGCCAGACGGCUGUGGCCCGGCCUUCGGUCUCACAAUCGGGGGCUUACUUUGGUCGCUCCUUGUCCCUGUCCAAGGACGCCACGACCGCCGUUAUUGGGGCUGAUAUGUUCGACGUCUCGGGCUCAACCUCGUAUUCGAACGCUGGAUCUGCAUACCUUUUCUCCUACUCUUCCACUGGCUGGACCGAACUCAAGCAGAUCUUUGCCACCAGCCCCAGCUCCUCGGGCUACUUUGGCCGCACUGUGGGCUAUGGUGAAGCAUACUACGUCGUCUCUGAGCCUUACAACGAUGACGUUGCUUUCAACGCUGGCUCGGUCGAGCUGACGCAGGCCCCGGUCUUGGCCCCGACCGGGGAGGAGGUUUUGCAGCGCGAGGUUGUUGUCGAGGCGCCCGAGCAGCUGGCAAGUGCGACGCUAGAGGAGCGCUUUGAGAUUGAGCGGUGUGCGGCAGCCAUCCGAGCCGAGCCUUUUCACCGCGUUGCCUUGCAAUUCCCAGACCAUUUGCUGUCGUUUGCCGGACGGGUAUAUGAUGCGCUGCGCGAACGCACAGAAGCUUCACUUUUUCUCCUGGGGGACACAUCCUUUGGCGAGUGUUGUGUGGACGAGGUCGCUGCUGAACAUGCUGGAGCCGACCUCAUCAUCCAUUUCGGCCACAGUUGCCUCUCCAGAACCACAAAAAUCCCGGCACUGUAUGCCUUUGGUCGUUGUCCGGUGAACGUGGGCGUCGCACAACAGAUCAUCGCGAAAACCGUCGACAAGCAACUAAACCUGCUCCUGUUGACCGCCGUCGAAUAUGCACAUGCAGCCGAUGCUGCCGCGGCCGCGGCUACUUGUGGUAGCUGUUCCACGAUGCCCAAGGCCUCAGCCCAUGACACCGAUUCCACAACGGAAGAGGCAUUAACCCUUGUCGAUGAGCCCGAAGAGAGCGAGGAGAUUGAUGAUCCCUCGCGCGAGCCGGCACCUAUUCCAGCCGCAGUCAGUGCUCGCUCGGCCAUCGAGACCGAGCAAAAGCGCCUGCAGUUUGGCCUCUUGCCCGCACCCCACGUUUUGCAUCCCUGUUACAAUGUCCUCUGCUUCCUCACUCUGGCCUGCCUCAACUGCACAGCACCCGACGUUCCAUUUCUUCGCAGCUUCCUCAUGCUCUACAAUCAACAACGCGUGUUCAACUUUGACCCAACGACAAAUGCCUGCACAGAGCAAUUUUUGCGUACCAACAAGGCACUCAUGCGUCGGUACGAUUGCAACAUGUCUGCAUCAUGUUAUUCCCCACCAAGCUUCAUAAAGGCUGAUGACAAGGCUUCACAGACCUCACCUGCUCGUGCGCUAGCUAUUUCAUGGUGCAAAAGGCCAAAGAAGCUCAGACGGUGGGCAUCAUCUGUGGGACUCUGGGCGUAG